CUCGUUCUCCCCCACUCUCUCUCUCUCUCUCUCUCUCUCACACUCUUCCUCUUCGAAAAAUCUAGGGUUUUUCAUCUUCUUCUCCCUCUUCGCCUCCCUCCUCUGAAAUUCCCUCGAAAAAAAUGCCUAGGUAUGAUGACCGCCGCAGUGGUACUCGCCUUUAUGUCGGACACUUGUCUUCAAGGACAAGAUCACGUGAUCUAGAGGACAUGUUUAGCAGAUAUGGAAGGUCUCUUGGCUUUUGCCUAACCCGGAGGUCUAUGGUGAGAGGGUGACCUUGGUGGAUUUGGCGAGUCUUUCUAUAGUGUUAUUGCGUGUUUUUAUCGAAAUGGCAACAAUCUCAAAAGUGGUGUUUUUGGUUCAUCUGUGAGGGGCGAACUAUCAACCCUUCGAUAAUUGUGUCAUGAUGGCCUUACUGUUUCUGGCACCCGUUUACGCAGAAUACGUGAUGUGGAUAUGAAGCGCGACUAUGCAUUUGUUGAAUUUAGCGACCCUAGAGAUGCUGAUGAUGCAAGAUAUGCAUUGAAUGGUCGAGAUCUAGAUGGAAGCCGUAUCAUUGUGGAAUUCGCCAAGGGAGUGCCCCGUGGCCCAGGUGGAUCUCGUGAUUACCCUGGAAGAGGAGGACCUACUCCUGGGUCAGGACGCUGCUUCAACUGUGGAAUUGAUGGUCACUGGGCUCGUGAUUGCAAAGCUGGAGAUUGGAAGAAUAAGUGUUAUCGCUGUGGAGAACGAGGCCACAUAGAAAGAAAUUGUCAAAACAGUCCUAAGAAACUGAGCCGCAGACCACGCAGUUACUCACGCUCACCUAGUCCCCGCCGUGGUAGAAGCAGAAGCCGUAGUUACAGCAGGGGGCGUAGCGACAGUCGAUCAAGAUCACCUGUGAAGAGAGAAAGAAGUUUCGAGCGUGACGAUAGAAGAUCAAGGAGCCCUAAGCGCCACAGGGGUUCUCCGUCCCCCUCCAAAGGAAGGAAGCAUAGUCCAGCACCUGAUGAAAGAAGCCCACGAGAGAGAGGUAGCCCUUCUCCAAGAGACCGCAGGCACACCAAUGGUUCAGAUUACAGUGCAAGUCCUAGGGGAAGGAGCAGAAGCCCUGACCGUGAAGCUGAUGUCGAAGGAAGGUCUUAUAGGAGCUCUGCGAAGGAAAACGGCCACAGCCGCAGCCCUAGCCCACUCCCUAGGGAUGACAGGAGCCCAAUCUACGAUGAUGAUGAGAAUCAUGCUUCUCCUAGGCGCAGUGAAUCAAAUUAAAGCAGUUGGUGGUUUGAAUGGUAUGUCUUAGUGACAACAAUCUGUGUUUGCGAGCACUUUUGAGUUUUAUAUGGAUGGAGAACUUUUCCUUCUAGAUUAUUAAGCACUGUUGAGAUUUAUUGGAGUUUGUUUCUAUAAGUUCCGCUUUAUCUUGUCUUUAGCAAAUUACUUUUUACAGCUGCGAAUGACAGUUGAUAAUUUUCUGCAUAAACUAUGAUCUAUGAUUUGCACAAUAUCACUUAAUAGUAUCUCUCUUUUUUGGUUCAA